AUGGUUUUUGCAGUAGCCAUUACGACGAGCACCGCCUUCAUUCUUUACCGAGUUCGGCGCCCGCAUUCAGCUUCUAUGUGAUAACAGCCGAUCUUGAUCCAUUGGACCCUGAAAUCGACCCUGACCUCCUAUUAGGGCCUUACGCGCGUGAAUAUUGCUGGGAUCACGCUUCCCUCGCUGAAGCUGAAGGUGAAUCGCUCGAAUACAUCUUUGAGAUCACUCAGUGGCACUCGCUCAAGAUUGCUUACACAUGGAGAAUGCCAGGUGACUACUGUGCCUACCGCCACAUUAGUAGGGGCAUGACGCUACAACAUCUGGCAGCGUAUUACGGGAUUUCCAGCAUCUUCGAACAAAUAGGCUCCACAGUACAGAAGGCCAAAUUGACAAAGGAGCAGCUUCCAGGAUCAAGAUCUGACCUAGAUCCGAAAGAUUGUGAAGGACGCACUCCGCUUUGGUAUGCAGCGUGUAACGGCCAAAGGAAAGUCGUCAAGCUGCUUCUUGGAAGCGAGCGGGUCGAUGUGAAUCUCCCGGACAAGGAUCAAAAGACGCCUUUGUCGAAAGCAGUAGAGAAUGAUCACGAGAACAUAGUAAGACUGCUGCUUCAGAACACGAAGAUAAACGCGGAUCUCCCGGAUUGGAAUCAACAGACCCCUUUCGCGAUAGCAGCAAGAAAUUGCCACGAGAAUAUCGUGAGACUGCUUCUUCAGAAUGCACAAGUGGACGUGAAUUCGCGGGACCAUAUUCAACAGGCCUCUUUGGCGAUAGCAGCGGAAAGGGGCCACGAGUAUGUCGUGAGACUGCUUCUCGCCAGGACAGACGUCGACUGUAACGCUUGCGACGAUGACAAACAGACGCCUCUCCACAGGGCAGCAUACAAUGGCCAUGAGAAUAUCGCGAAGAUGCUACUGGAUAAGGAAGAAGUUCUCAUUUGGACAAAGCAUAGCCUUGGUUGGACGCCUCUCUACAAUGCAGUGCAUAAGGGCCAUGCGCAAAUCGUCAGGCUCUUUUUGGAGAGAAAUCUGAUCGAUGUUGACAGCAAGGAUUAUAGCGACAGUAAUGAAACACUUCUCGAGUGUGCAGCGAGGAAAGGCUGUGCGGAAAUUGUUCGGCUACUUCUCGAGACGGGAGAAAUUGACAUGAAUGUGCACGACCUCUCCCAGCCUUUCGCGCAAGCAGUGGCCGACGGCUCCGAAGAAAUCGUCAAAUUGCUCCUGGAAACUGGGACAGUAAACACUAGAAUGAACGUGGAAGUGUCUACUAUCAGUCGUGAGGACUCGUUUUCUGGCACGGCAUCAGAAAUAGCUAAGCACUUCAAGCAUCGGAGUAUCUUGGAACUGAUAGGAGACCACGAAGAUCCGCAAAUGCAAGAAGACGCUGCACGAUACCAACUUGACGAAAGUGAGGAUGACCAAAGCGACGACGGAAUUCAACUUAUCAGCAUGUGGAGACAACGACAGCGAGCAAACGCAAGCUGA